AUGUUUAAUCCUUUUAGGAGGCAGGUUGGAGCAGCCUGGCAGCGGAUUAGCCUCAGUUCUGAACUCCCAGACCUCGGGGACGACGAGAACUACAGGAUUGCGCCUCGAUGCAAGGCUUUCAAUGUCCCCAAGGAGGGAAAGGUCCACGCCGUUGACCAUCAAUGCCCUCACUCGGCAUUCCCCCUCUCUCAGGGCAAUCUUUUUGAUAUUGAAGAUUUUGGAAUCGCUUUGUCCACCGGUAUCAUGUGCCCUAAGCAUGACUGGUCUUUCGACAUCAUCACAGGCAAGGCUGAUCGAGGCAGCUACAAGCUGAAGGUGUGGGAGGUCCAGCUGCGAGAUGUCGCGGACACCGAAGAUGACAAAGAAGUUUGGGUGCGUCGGAAGCAGAGAAUUGGUUAA